UUGUCACGCGAUCCAUACGUAAUACUUCGCUAAGAUUUGCGAAGAUCCCGGAAGAUAAACUUAGGUGGUAGAGCGAGGCACAGUGCGGGUUGUCAUGGCAUGCAGUCGUCUGUCGGUCGGUGUUGUCAUGACACCUGUCGUUCCCACCUUUACCCUCAUCACAAUUCCCUUCGCGAUAAUUAAAUUCCUCUAUAUGGCUGACAUGACAAGAGACAUGAUAUAAAAUUAGCAUACCAAUUAACAUCGGAAUGAAAUAAAUGAAGAGAAUAACCGUUGCACCACAGCACGAUCGAUCAAUACAAGUCUCCCCCAACCCCCUCCUACGAACUGAGGUUUGUUACCAUAGUAAAAAUUUGUACACAGUGAGGUCCAACGAGGCGCCAAGGGUUAGAGUGCAGCCGAGACCUUUGCUGUGAAGAGUCAGUCGACUCUAGCGCUAAAAAAGAUGAGCAGCUUCACCAGCGACAGAGAUGGGAAAAGGAGUUGCGGCAAGACGGUGGCGCGGAUCAUGUUCUCCCACGUCGGCCUCUUCAUCCUCGUCUCCGUCUACACCGUCCUCGGAGCCUACCUCUUCAUCUACAUCGAGAAACCGGCGGAGGAAAUGCGUUACCAGAAGAAGCGGAACGUUGCCAUGGACAUCAACGACGCAACCAAGUACAUCAUUUCCCUCUUGUGGUACCAUAACAGCCUUAACCACACGAAGGCUGAGUAUCACAGUUUGGUCAUGAAGAAUUUGGUGGUGUUUCACGAAUUUGUUGUGACAAAAAGCGGCGACUCGGCCAUCAAAUAUGAUGGAAAUGUCAACAAGUGGGACUGGGACUGGACACUCUCCAAGUCGCUUCUGUUCACCGUUACUAGCAUCGCCGCGAUUGGUUAUGGCCACAUCGCCCCUAAAACCUCCCAAGGCCGCAUUUUCACAAUCUUCUACAACGUGAUUGGCAUUCCACUCCUGCUGGUUUUCUUGGCGAACAUUGGUGAUUUCCUUGCGAAUUCGUGCAGAUACCUCUACAGCCGUCUGUGCUGCCGCUGGUGUAGGAUUCGCCGGAGGAUAAGCGAGCAGAAGAAAGGCAAGACCGUUGAGAAGAGGAGCCUGUGGAAGGAUGACGUUGGCUUCGAGACCUUCAUGCCCACAAACUCGGUGGACGUGCCCAUUGUCGUGAACCUGUGCAUCAUCACCGUCUACCUGAUGCUUGGCGGCGCCCUCUUCUCAUGGUGGGAGAACUGGAACCUUCUGGAGUCCGUUUACUUCACGUUCAUCACACUCACGACCAUCGGCUUUGGCGACUACGUGCCCGGAAAUUCGUUCCUCGAUCUCUCUGAUGGCCUCAUGGCUGCCAUGAAGAUGCUGGUGACGGUGCUCUUCUGCUUGUUUGGAAUGGCACUGCUGUCCAUGUGUAUCAACUUGAUGCAGGAGCAGCUGGUGGCCAAGUCCCGCUGGCUCGCCAAAGAGAUUGGGCUAAUCGAAGAAGAAGUUGAUCCUAUGCUUAAGUACAAGUACAAGAAGAGCAAGCGCGGCACCGUCCCCGAGACCAAGCAGGACCGCGACGGCAACAAGCGGCUCAGCCUGAUGCCGGCGUACGAGGGCGAGUCCACCACCACAAAAGCUGGAAACUUCACCAACAUCCAGGAGGAACUGGAGGAUCUCUAA